UUCAAGCUGCGAGCACGUUACCAGAGUUAGAAACAGCCAUAGACGGGGCAAUGGACUUUUUGAAUCUAUCUGGAGGUUUAACCCAUGUUCGCUCGGUGAUGGAUAAAAAUCAUGUGGUGUUAAGAGCAGGCAGAUUCUUCGUUCUAGAUCGCACUAUGUCUGCUUAUGAAAGAUUUUGUGAGGGAUUGCAAACACUUGAUGUUCUGACGACCAUUCAAGGGCACCCUGUCUGUUGCCGUGAAGCAUUCAUUGCCGCUGAUUCUUCAGUGUUGACAGCUGCUAAACUUAGACACCUAUUCAGGGCUGUUUAUAGCGAAGAAGGCAGUAACUCGAGAAGAAGAGAAGAAAAAACUGCAGGUUUCUGGAUGGACUACCUGUUGGAUGCAGAAGAGGAGGAAGCACAGUGCACUUGCAAGGACAUACUAGUUUUUGCGAGUGGUGCAUCCAGCAUACCGAUAAUAGGAUUCAGCGACCAACCCAAGAUAGAAUUCCUGAAUGAUGACGCUCGCUUCCCAACUGCUAAUACUUGUAGUAUUAUAUUGCGUCUGCCAACAAAAUUCGAGGAAUACAACGAAUUUAGAGAUGCGAUGGAUUUCGGUAUCUUAAACGCCCAGUCGUUUGGACUGGCGUAAAUACCACAUCUUGCUUAAUAUAUACAUGUAAGUCCACUGUAGAUCUAGUUCUUAAAGAAAUUUAACGGGGCAAUUGCCUAAUUCGAGAGUCUGAUUAUUUUACUGUAGAAACAACUGUACUAGUAUAGUAAGUAUAGUGACUGUCAUUUUACUGUUGGUUUUCCCCAAGACCGUUUUUUUUAUUCUUUAAAAGUUUCACGGUUUCAGUUUGUAAGAUAUUUCAAACCUAUUUUGUUAACGUA